AUGUCUUCCGAAUCUUCUCCAGUUUCAUGCUACACGCGUGUGUUCUGGGACGCUGUGGAUUUUCCCUUUCCUAAGGAUCUUGCUCCUGAAACGAUUUAUAACAGAAUGAAACUGACUCUUGAGGAGAAGAUGGGUUUUAUGGGUGAUUUGUCAAUCAUUGCUUAUGUUAAUUCGGAAAACAACUUGCUGGAUGAUAAAUCAGCUUAUGAGAGUGCCGGGUUUAACAUCAUAUCUCAUCAACAGAGGCAUCGUUUUAUGUUACGUGACAUUGCAUGGUGGGAAGUGGAUUCGACUUACACCUACAGUAAUUGUUUUAAAGAACCAUCUCAGAUUACUUUUGUGGUAAUCUCAAGUCUGAGUGAAGAAGAAUCGAUUUUCCUCAAGAGGUCGUCCAAACCACCAACCCGCCACCCUCUCCUCCCCAAGUCCACAUUCCCCAGGUGUCUUGCCCAGCUCUCUUCUUGGACCUGCCCCCGUUGCCUACAUUUUAUGAUCCUGAUUAUAUUAUCUCGGGAUGCACAUGCUCGAGCUCAUAGAAUGUCUGUGGACAUUGUUUUGUGGGCUUUGGAUCAUCCUGCCACCUAUUUUCAUCCAAGAGAUUUGUGGGUUUUCUCUGAAAAUGUCAAAGAAGAAACAGAUUUCUUCAAUGCUCUUAAAGCUUUGGGAGAUAGAUAUUACAGUGUUCGUGUAUUAACUCCAAAUCUCGGGGAUCACCAAAUAUUUUCAAACCACAUGCCAAGGAUCAGCAGAGAGGACGACAUUGGUUUUUCCAGUGGACUAGCUUCUUUGUAUCAUCAACGUUUUAAUUUGUCCCAGAUACAUGUCUUCUGUGAUGCCCAGAGUUGCCCAACUGAUAUAUCAAUUAUCCUACCAGUUCUUCGCGAAAAGCGUUAUCAUGGCAGGCUGGUUUUCAGGCCUUACCUUCCAUAUCAAGCAGAUGAGUCGUUGUUGGGCUACAGCGAUGAUCAUGAUGGUUAUAUCCGAGUGCCUAGUAUCGAUGAUGAUGAUGAUGAUGAUGAUGGGGAUUCUUACGCAGUAAGAGCUAGGAUGUUGUUGGACAUACUUUUCUGGGCAAUGAACCAUGAAGAUCUACCACAAAAUUUGAUAAUUGUCUCACAACCCUCAAAAGACAUCGACAUUGUUGUUCAAGCCUUGGAACGCAGAGACGCUGCCAACCAGAUCCUCCGUGUGUCACCUUGUCGGACGAUCACAGACGUGAGCCGGAACCUGAAACAAUGUCGGGUAAUAAUCUUCUGGUUGGUAGACAGAUGCCCGUCUAAUCCGUAUGAGUUUCGUAGCAAAUUCACAUCAACGCUUGAGGGUAAAGGUUAUGCUGGUUUUGAGUCCGUGACCGCCUAUGUUGUAGAGGGAGUGAAUACUGAUGAAGAGAUCGAGGUCUGUAGGAACUCAGGACUUCAGGUGGAUGUCACGCCUAAAGAUGAUGAAUAUGGGAAAUUUAGUUCGAUGCUGUUGGACAUGAUUAACUGGACGCAGCACGGUGGGGCACCCUUCAAUUUUUUGGUAAUCUCGAACCCCUUUAGAGAUGCCAUGUGCGACAGUGUCUUUGCAGAUGUUAAAAGCAGAGGUUUCAAUGUUCUCUUUGAGACGCUUGAUUACAUGGUCACAUUUGGAACCUCUCUAUGGUCUGCAGAGAGCAUAUUACAUGGUGACGACGACGCCUAUUUCAAAACCCGAAGUAAUAUUUUACGACAAAUUAAGAUGACUAGCUAA